AUUUAAAUUUAAUUAUAUAUCUUAUCAAAUAGAAAAAUAUGUUUGGAUUAAUAAAAUUUAUUUGCAUCAAUUUAAUUAUAUAUGUGAUAAUUACUAAAAUUUUAAUUGUUUAAUACAGAUUUAUUAUCUCAUAAUAUAUAAAAAACAUAUAAUACCUAUGAUAAUUUAUACAUAUAAUGUUCAUCCCGCGCAAGACACAGAUAUUAACCUAGUAUAUAAUAUUACAUUUCAACACCACUAAAAACCAGUCCAGUCCAAGUCGAAACCUAACUAGAUCAAAUUAACCAAUUUAAGCUAAUAAAAACAUUAUAAAUCGUGUCAAUAUUUCAAUUUGGAUGGUAGGUUCUGAUAUUGGGUUGUCGGAUUAUAAUGCUUGGUGGGUGCACCUUUUCGACAAAAUAGAGUUGUGGUGUUAGUUAUGUAAGAUAUUUUAAUUGGUACAUAUAUGUCAUCUUAAUCAUAUAAAUAAUUAAAUUAAUUAAUGAUCCAGGUUAAAAAAAAUUCUGGGUACGCCACUGGCCGUUGCCGUGUAAUAUCUUUGAUGUCACUGACGAUCAUGUUACUGUAGAAUUGUUGUAUCCGUUCAUAGAAAGCAGUCUUGUGAGUUGUCGUUCGAGGAAAUCUUCAUGUGUCCGGGAUAAAACGAUUGGUGGUAAUCUGUACUUUCGACUCUUUCCUAUUUUGUUUAAGAUGUCCUAGAGUGGUUGUGAUAUAAUCUACACCGUCAGUAUAGCUACAACCCGUGUCGAGAGGUAUGUGAUAUUGUUUAAUGCCCUACCUGUACACAAUAAUAGUACAUGUUAUAAGUUUCCAAAAAAAAUAUAUAUAUAUAUAUAUAUAUACAAGUUAUGAAAAUUCUGAUAUAAGAUUUUGCUUCAGUUGUUCUAUUAUUUAUUAAGAUACCCACAGAUUGUGCAGCUCCUAUAGUACACAGUGAAGAUUUGUUUUCUUUUAGUCUUAUCUGAGCUAGUAAAAAAUGUUUUGUUUCCUGUUAUAGUUAAAUCAGAAAUAAAGAGGUUUAACCCUUCGAGUAAAACAGAAUGGUGUAACAAAGACACAUAAGUAGAGGGGAAUAACAAGGUGGGAGAGAGUAAUUCAAUCGUUUAAAACUAAUUUCCGAUGAUAUAUAUAUAUUUAGUAAUCACACAGAUAAAAAGGAAAAACAGAAAAAUGUAUAACUAAGAAAAGGACAAAGGUUUAGGAAGGGAUUAUAGAUUAUUUACCCUUUAAAAGGACAGACUUAACAUGUGUUUUCCUUUGGCUCUCUCUUUCUUGAGAAAGUUCCAUAAGUCCCACAGCCAAAAGCAUCUCUUGAAUUGAAUCUCAAACCCUAAUUAGAUUUGGUCUGCACGACUCUGAUUGUGAUGUUUUCUAUUAAUUUUUCAGCUAUAAGUCAUUGAAUAAAUCUUUAAACAAUCUUCUUCUUCUCGUUUUUUUUUUUGAAAUCUUCAACAUAAUUUUGGUGUGAAACAAGAAAUUAUAAAAUUGGAGUCACCGGUAGGUUAUGACAGCCGGAGGCUGUUUCGAUAUUGAAAAAUGUUGUUCGGUCGUAAAUCAGCGAGCAAGUUACAGGUCUUGUUCUUAUUUUCAUGUUUUUCAGGAAAUCAUUUAAAUGGUUCAUAGAAAAGUCUUGCUUUAAUAAGUUUCAUGUCCCUCGAGUUCUUAUAUGACUUUAUUUACAAAAUGACAUACCAGUAUUCUCAAAAAUCCUUCACCUUGUUCAUGUUAGAUCAUCACAAAAUCUGCAUUUUUUUUGGUGACAUGAAGGCUGUAUCCUUGUUCAUUUAAUCUGUCUACAUCAAAUUUUAACUAUGAAAAGUUUCAAAGUUCAACCCUUCUUUCUAUGUUUUCUAAACAAAAAGAAAGUUCUAACAAUUUUCCUGAAUCACAUUUUCAGCCAGUAAAUAGCCAAUCUUCGCCUAAAGCUAGCAAGAAUAAUAAGCAGGAUGUUAAGCCAUCGUCAUCACCUAACGCUUCGUCACCUAUGCCGAUUAGAUCAUCAAAAUCAAUAUUAUCAAGACGUACAUCUUCGAAUUUGUCGCCUAUAGGCAUCCUCAAGAAUGCUUCUAUUAGAGAAGCAAAGAGCCCCAAGACUAGCAGCUCGCCUAAAUGGACAUGCAACUUUAUUCUUAUGGUCGAGCUUCGCAGGAAGAUCAUUACCUUUAGAGAUAUCAUUGAUCUUCCUCCUCUCGACGGCUCUCCUUCUAUAACCGAUAUGGUGAUGCAUACAAUGAAAGAUCUCCAGAAUAUUUGUCCUGAGAUCAUCAACAGCUCACUUAUUUCGGAAAUAAGACGCGCAAAUGUCGAUAAGGUUCUUGACCAUUUCUUAAAUGCUUUGAAAUCCAUGGGAGAUUCAUGGAUCGAUAACUCCGAAUGGAUAGCUAAAUCUAAGUUUUGGAGUAGCAGUGUGGGAAAGAAUCAGUCCGAUCGACUAGUGGAAAAGGUGUUAGCAGCAUUAGAUGGACUGAUCAAGAUGUCGAAAGAGAGGUUUGAUAAGAUGGAGAUUGAUGAAAAGGAAGAAGAGAAGAAAGAUUUGAUCAGUCCACGGACUGCUAAAACACUGAGCAGUCGAGUUUUAUCUCCAUGUGAAUCAUUCUCUGAUAGCAGAAGCUCGUUUUGCGGGUCACCAAUCACGCCAAGAUCAGUUCUUCCAGAACCGGUGAUGGGUUCGCCAGGAAAGGGUGUAGACUUUGCAAACUCUGCAUCACAUCUUCUGUGGAAUAUGAGAGUCCAAGCACUUGAGAAGCUUAGUCCUGUCGAUGUUGAGCGACUCGCUAUUCACAUUAUGUCACUGAAAGAGGCUCAGGAACCAGAUCAAAGCAAUGUAGAAGAUGAAAUUAAUGUUGUUGAACAGAACAAGCAGAAGAGCAAUGAUGUGAAUAUGGAGAAAGAAGAAACAGCUGUUCUUGAUGAGCAAGAAGAUACAAUCAUGAAAGUCUCUCCACUUGAUUCAACAUCUGAACUCUGGGCGGAAUCUUUGCCACCACCUCCUUCUCCUCCUCUAUCCACUACAAAAACUGCAACUUUAGAUUCUUUACCAUCUCAACCACCUCCUCCUCCGUCGCCACCACUGAUUGCAAAUGCUGAUGAUGUGAGCAUAUUACCAAUGCCACAUCCUCCGCCACCGCCACUACACAUGCCUUUACAAAGCUCUGUACCACCACCACAGCCUCCUCCAGUUACUGUGGUGGCCGUACAACCACCGGCUCCACCUCCACCUCUGGCACCACUUCCAGGGACUGCAGCGGCAUCACUACCACCACCUCCUCCACCCAUGAAAAACAGAGCACCACCACCACCUCCAAUGCCUACAACUAAUAGAGUAGUUAGUGGACCACCGCCUCCGCCACCUACUAUGGCAAAGGGAACAGCACCUCCUCCGCCACCGCCUCCGAUGGCAAACGGACCAGCACCUCCUCCGCCACCGCCUCGAAUGGGUGUGUUGAGCGGAGCGGCUUGUCCACCGCCACCACCAGGAGCAGCAAGAAGCUUGCGGCCCAAGAAAGCAGCUACAAAACUAAAAAGGUCAACCCAGUUAGGGAACCUUUACAGAAUCCUUAAAGGGAAAGUAGAAGGUCGUGAUCCUGAGGCGAGGACAGGAGGCGGAAGCGGACGAAAAGCCGGAGUCGGAAGCGCUCCGGCCGGUGGAAAGCAAGGAAUGGCGGAUGCUCUUGCUGAGAUCACAAAGAAGUCUGCUUAUUUCCAGCAAAUACAAGAAGAUGUUGCUAAAUACAUGAAAUCAAUCAAUGAGUUGAGGAUUGAGAUCACUAAGUUUAAGACUAAAGACAUGACUGAGCUUCUUAGCUUUCACAGCCGUGUUGAAUCAAUUCUUGAAAAGCUAACAGAUGAGACACAGGUUCUUGCGCGCUGUGAAGGGUUUCCACAGAAGAAACUCGAAGCAAUAAGAAUGGCUGCUGCAUUGUUCUCGAAGCUGCACGGAAUGAUCACCGAGCUACAGCACUGGAAGAUAGAACCUCCUUUGAAUCAACUUCUUGAUAAAAUCGAACGUUAUUUCACAAAGAUCAAAGGAGAUAUCGACACGCUGGAUCGAACCAAAGAUGAAGAAGCUAAGAAAUUCCAGAGCCACAACAUCCACUUUGACUUCAAUAUACUUGUUCAGAUCAAGGAGACAAUGGUUGAUAUCUCAUCAAGUUGCAUGGAACUCGCAUUGAAGGAAAAGAGAGAUGCAAAGCUUGUGUCGCCUGAUGCAAAUCCUAGCAUGAAGAAGACUGUAGGAUCUGCAAAAAUGCUGUGGAGGGCAUUUCAGUUUGCAUUCAAAGUUUACACAUUUGCUGGAGGACACGACGAUCGAGCCGAUUCUUUAACCAGAGAGUUGGCUCAUGAGAUCCAAACUGAUCCUCAGAACCCAUGAUGAUUCCAUUCAUCACACGUUCCAAAUAUUAUUCCUUUUUGCCCUUUCCAACACCUUAAAAAUGUUCUAAAAUGGAACGAUAAAAGAAAAGAGUAUAUGUAUUUAGAGAUUUAACGUAUUGUUUGGCUUUUGAGUUUGUAGUUUUGAAUCCCUCUAAAAAGACUAGGAUUUAGAGAUUUCAUGGGAGCUGGGAGGUGCAGAUCCCUUGUUGAGUGAAAGACUUUAAAAACCUUUUGAGUCAAUCAAUAAAGAAGACGUUUUUAUUGCCACAAUAUGUAAUAUAUGAUUUUGUUGUUAUAAACUUUUUCUUUCUUUAAA